AUGGCCGCGUUAGUGGUGCAACGCUUCCGUGAAUGCCAAAACCUCCUGGACUCUGUUGUGGCCAGUCUCAGCGCUAUCAGCAACCUUACUUCGCAGCGGACAGUUGUGGAAGAGGCCACACGACGCAUUUGUUGCUCCUCGCCUUCUUCCUGUGGUGGCGGUAAUGCGUUGCGCUGCUGUACCGACCCACUCGGUGUACUUCUUGCAUUUCCCGAGUCUGCUGUGGAGCUCAUUAUUGCUCAGCAUGCAGAGGAUGUGAGCACGCUUCUCCGCUCCCUCGGCAAUUCACAGCAGGGGUGGUGUAGCAAACUGCAGCAGGCGAAGGAUGCGUCCUUGCCGCUGCUGCGUCAACAACCGGGAGCCUCGAUCAUGACAGUGACCUCCGCUGCUUGUCCUCAAUUGAGAGACAAAGAACGCCAUCAGCAUCUGUCGCACAGUCCGCAGCUAUUGCUUGGGAUACAUGCACUCUUAGCCGUUCUUUCAGAAAUGCAUGGAUGGCUGCAGGAGCUUAUUCUUGCCCUCCGCGCCGAUUUGGCAAAUCCACCACAAGCAGUGCAGCUGUCGCAAUGCUUGAGUGGACACUCUUCGCGCGCAGGAGGUGCCGGUGGCUGCAUCGCAGUCUUCUCGCUGGAAGCUGCCCUCGAGCAACUUCCGGACCGCGUCUUGGGCGAAUGGGAGGCCUGCAAGGCGCGGCACAUGUUGGAUGAGUCAUGGAUUUUGCUUGCGGGCUGA